GCCGCAGAGAGUGGCGGCGCAAACGGCCGACACCGCCGAGUCGGUCGACGUGGCCGACAUCGACGGCGACGGCACGCCGGACAUAGUCUACGCGGCGCCGUUCGACAACAUGGUGUACUGGUUUCGGAAUAUCGGCGGCGGCGUCUUCGACGUGGUGCCCAAGAACGUGACGGCGUACAACGAGACGUACGGGCCCUGCUCGGUGAAGGUUGCCAACGUCGUCAACGACUCGUUGCCGGACGUGGUGGUGGCCUCGAUGGACGAUGGCAAGGUGUCGGUGUAUCCGGGCAUGCCCGGGGGAAAGUUCGGCGACCGCCAAGAGAUCACGCAGGAUGCGUGGGGUGCGUCGUUUGUCAACGUCGCCGACAUGAACGGCGACGGGCGCCCCGACGUGCUGUCCGCGUCGCGCUACGACAACAAG